AUGGAACGGCCCUCAGGGAACAGAGAGUGGCGGUCGUUGUCGUACGCGAUGACGCCGUUCCUCGCGAGCGCGUUCAGCGCGUGCGCGUUCCAUCUCUUCUACAACGCCCCCGCGAUCAACGCGCUCGUGCCGCUGCAGGCGUUGGCGACGUUUGGCGGGAACGUCGGGUGCGCGGUGGCGGCGUAUCGAAUUUCGAAUUUCAACGGCGCGGUUGACUCCGCGAGCGCGAGAGCGAGCGACGACGGCGAAUCGACGGCGAAUCGACGGCAGAAACCGUCGUGGGCGCCGACGCCGAACGUCUUCUUCCCGGUGAAGCUCGGCGUCUCCUCCGUCCUCGCCGCGUGCGUCGUGAAGUACGGCUCGCUGGCGGCGCCCGCGCACGCGUUCUUAUCGACGCCGACGUAUCCGAAGGCGCUCGCGUGUAUUUUCAUCCCCACGCUCGCGUGGUCGGCGGUUGUGUUCGGCGGCGACGCGAUCGCGAGCGGAGGAAACGAAAAAAAAGACAGCGACAGCUUCUGGUCCGAGCUGUCCAUGGAGAAGGUCAAGACGUACGGCAAGAGCGGCACGAUCGCGUACGUCGUCGUCGAGCUCGCGUUCUGGGCGAUCGCGUUCCCCGCCGCCGUCGCGUGGUAUCGCGUCGCCGACGGGCAGUGGUUGGACCUCUCCGACCCCGCGGACAAGGCGAAGCUCGUCGGCGCGGGCGCGGUGUUCAUCAACGGCGUCCGAGCGCUCGUGCCGCUGCGGUUGGCGUCCGCGAUCGCGCUGGCGCCGUACGUCGAGGAGGUUUUGGGCGGCGGCGGCGGCGAGGACGAGGAGGAGGAGGAGGACUCGAAUACGAAUACGUGA